UCAGAUUUGAAAAGGUCUGAUUGACAAAAUAAAUAAACACUGAGGUCGCGUGUGAGCGUGUCCUCCACUGCUCCCUCCCUAUGGCCGCCGCCGCUCGCCGCCUACUGCGUCCGGUCUCCUCCGCCUCCGUAUCCAGCACCAGCCGGCUCCUCUCCUCCACCUCUUCCCCACCUCCCCACCGCAGCCCCAACACUAACUCACUCGUCGCCUUCAAUUGGUCCGACGCCGACGACGCCGACAACUCCUCCGCACCUCCACCCCCGUCCACGGCAAAGAACCCCGAGCUGCCUCCCCCCUACGACCCCUUUAGCAAGAAGCCCGCCUUAGCCGAGCCAUCCGACCCCACCAACCUACAGGAGAUCUUCCACCGGAUGCGCACCGAGGGCCUCACCGACUACGCCAUCAAGAUGUUCGACGGAUUGUCCAAGGACGGGCUCACCCACGAGGCGCUCGCGCUCUUCGCCAUCAUCAAGGACAAGGGUGCCAUGCCCGACAUCGUCGCCCACACCGCCGUCCUCGAGGCCUACGUCAACGCCGGCCCGGCCCACUGGCGCGACGCCGUGCGCACCUACGACCGCAUGCUCGCGUCCGGUGUCACCCCCAAUGCUUACACGCUGGCUGUGCUGGUCAGGGGGCUCAGUGCCAGCGACCGGUGCGCGGAGGCUGGCAAGUACCUGGUGGAGAUGCUCGAUCGCAGGAUGCGGCCGAAUGUGGCGACAUACCUGGCCGCGUUCGAGGCGUACGUGAGGGCGGAGAAGGUGGAGGAGGGGAAGGCGCUGCUGGAGACGAUGAAGGGAAAGGGGUUCGCGCCGGACGAGGAGGCGGUGCGCGGCGGCACAGUGAAGCGCGGGCAUGUGUUCAGGGGCGUCAUGAACUUGCUCUUUGGCAAGUGAUGGUGGUACGCGUAGCCUCUUGAUGUAGCAGGAAAUGAUAAGCUGUCUGCGUUUUGGUGGCAUAUCUAUCUUCUCCUUUCGCUCAGUCACUGGCUUUGUUCAGUACUGGAGGGUGAAUGUGAACCUUGUCGUCUUAAUAAUAUAGGCAACAAGAUUUGAAUUGCACAGUUGAUCAAAACAUAUAAUACUGUAUCUUAUUACGGUUGUACCAUAUGGUUCUCGUUGUUGAGAUCAAUGUAUAGCAGCAUUGCUAAUAGUUUCAAAAUCAUCACUCAACAAAGAUAAUCAUAUAACCAAAACAAAACUUAGCCCACAUUCGUCAUCCAAGAAAAAAAAGCCCUUUUUGCAGUUUAUGUGGUCAUUUGUGUAAGUACUAAUUGCAACUAAUGUUU